CCCUCCCCCCCCCCGCCCCUGUGGCUUGGUUUGGCUGGGCCGCCGCCGACCACUUUCUCGUCACGCCCGUCCCGCUCAAUAGAUCGCUAGGUCAGGGGUGGGCGUGUGGCACCAAGCAAGGCAAAGGCGGCCUGGACCUUGCAAACACAUAUCACCUGCUCGCAUUAGUCCUAACGUCCCAAGAGAGCUUCUCAUCCUGCUUGUCCGGACCCGGUUGGCUCUUUCCCCGUUUAUUCCUCGCCACCGCCAGACGCGAUCCAUGACGACCAUGAAUUGUUGUCUGGUCUCCCAUCAUCCCACCUGACGACGACGACCACCACCACUUCUCCGCGAAACACACAACGUUGAGAGAGAUUCCAACUAGUACCCUCCAGCGCCCUCUAAAAACCCAGGGCGCACAGGCUGGUCUGUCAGCGAGUAACCGAAAAGCUGCGCGGCCUGCCUGCGUCGUUGAUGCAUCUGCACGUCCCCUCGCCCGAACCUUGCCCGGGCCAUCGAGCAUGGACGACCACUCGGCCGGGGGCGGCGUCAACCCCGGGGCCGCGAGCAUACCGACGGCGCAGGAGCCCAGCUCGGGGCACUUUGCCCGGAACGGCAACGACCUCCUCGUCGUUAAACUGCUGUCUCUCUGCAUCGGCGCCGUCAGCCUCGCCGCGACCAUAGUCACGUCUUAUUUCUUCCUUCGGAUGCGGAGAUCCUUCCGUCACGACCUCGUCGUCCUCCUGCUCUCGGGCGACUUUAUCAAGGGCAUCUGCUUCGUGGCAUACCCCAUAGCAUCCCUCGCGUCGGCCGGCGGGCCCGGCGCACCCAUCCCCGCAGACUCGGUCUUUUGCCAGCUCAACGGCUUCAUACUGACGGUGGGCACAGAGGCCUCGGACGUGGCCGUGCUCCUGAUCGCGCUGCACACGGUCCUGUACAUCGUCCGCCCGCUACCCCGCCGGCGCGGCGGCGGUCGCGGCCUGUACCCCUUCAGGCGCUGGGCCGUGGCGACGUGGAUCCUGUACCCGCUCAUCAAUGCCUCGGUCGCCUUUGCUGGCGGCGGCGGGGCCCCGUAUGAGGAUACGGGCGAGUUUUGCUACCUGACGGUGCGCGAGAAGUGGUAUCGCUCGUAUCUGGCCUGGAUCCCGCGCUACGUCAUCUUCUGCCUGAUCGUCGCUCUGUACCUAGGGCUGUUCUUCUUUGUGCGCGUCUCUCAUUGGAGAUACGACCGUGAGCGCGAGAAGGCGUGGCAGCAGGACGUCACCGCUGCCGGAUCCGUGCCCCCAACGCCCCCGAUCGAACGACAUGGCCUGAUCCCCGAAGACGAAACGCCCAGGACUCUGAGCCGCGGCGCAACCAUUGACGAUGAUGCGCCAUGGGCCAAGAGCCGACAGGACUCGGGGGUCCCCCUUAUAAAACAGGCUGUGGUUCCCAUGUCCUCCGAGAAGGGCGCCGGCGUAAAAUCGCCGAGGGCGUCCAUAUCCUCGACGGAGCUGGAACCUCAUCGACACAUUGAGGGCAGGCGAGUAUCUUUUACAAGGCCAAUCUCGGGAAGAGACGCCGAUAGUGGGACACCUGGUAGUCCCAGUGGCGGAGCCGCCGACUUGGGGAAGUGGAGGGACCGAAGCCCUUCACGGCGUGUUGAGUGGAACUGGGGAGCUACAGUAGCCGCAGGGAGCAGUGGGGGAAGAGCGAGCGUCGCCGGGCCAUCAUUCCCGUCGAGAAACGACCGAUUGUCGGAACCGUUAUCCCUCAGCACAGGAGAGCCACUCAGCCCGCUGGCUACCGAGACUUUGGCCUUCAUCGAUCCCAUGCCGCCCCCGCCCUCGCAACCGCGGACACCCCUGGACAGCGCGGGACCCUCACCCAGAGCCUCGGUAGAUCAGCAAACCAGACAGCAACAGCAAGGGUUGUGGAGACGGAUCGAAGCGCAGAACCGCCCGUCAGUGCCCAUCACAGCUCCCCCGCUUUCCAGGCUGGCGGAGACCUCGAGCCAUAAGGAUCUCAUCGCCGUGCUGCGCGCCGGGCCGCCACGCCGGCAGACCGACAUCUUGCGCUCGUACUCGAUCACCUCGACAAAUACUGCGGGUGAACGGCGGCCGUCAACCGCGUCAGUGGCGGCAGAAGGCCGCAACGCGACGGCCUCGACGACCAGAGCGCCCCUCUUCCAUUCCGGCCUCGGUGUCUUCCCCAGCCGCAGGCGGGAACAUGCCCCGGGCUCCGUCAGCCGCGACGGAUCCGAGACGACCGCCGCUAGGCCUGCGAUCGACGACGGGGCGGCCGGCGUGACGGCGACGAGGCGCAUGGGCCAGUCGCGGGUGCGUAAGCGGCUGAGGUUGCUGUGCGUGUACCCGUUGCUGUACGUGGCCAUGUGGCUGGUGCCCUUUGUGAGCCAUGUGCUGUGCUACGACGGCGAGUCGGAGCUGCACGACGCGAGCGAGCCGCUGUGGGUUCUAGCCCUUAGCAUCGCCAGCCUAGCCGCCCAGGGCGCCAUCAACGCCGCACUCUUCUCGUGGCGUGAGCGGCCCUGGCGCCAUCGCGACCCCCGUACCCUCUGGGCCCGUCUAUGUGGCCGCGCCGCCACCGACUGGGACAGGGCGCGGUGCCGGUGCGCCUCGUGGGCGCGCUGGGUCUUGGCGACAUGCUCUUGUGGCUGCAGGGGCAGGUCGAAGGGACCGGAAGGCUUGGAAGCUGGCUUUGACAAGGGUGCUGUUGGCGGAGCAGUCGGGGUCGUGCUUGGGAUACAUACGCGCGGCGCCCCGGCGGGCUCCGGCCGAACGAGGCCAGAGAUGGCGGAUGACGGGCGCCUCGCGCAUCAGCGCAGACAGGAAGAAAUGCGACAAGAAGUCGAGGGAGCGGCCGAGAGGGCGCGGCGGCGAGGGCCGAGGUACUGGUGGGACGUGGAAGCAGAUCCAAACGACCUGACCAGCGACGAGGACUUUGUGGACGAUCAUCCAGGGGCUGGAAGCAGAGAACUUUCCGUGCGUGAGGCCAGUGAGGCUAGGCCCCCUGAAGUGUAAAGGAACCUUGUCUUUUUCUUUGUCCUUUUGUGUUCUCAUGUCGUACAUGAUCAUCUUGGGUCUCUAUGGGAUUUCUGCAGGUCCAUGACAGCGAUCUAGCAGCAGGCGUCUGGUGUCUCUUGCUUUUCGGGGAAGGUGUUGGAUGGAGUUCCGCAUUGUCAAGUACUAUAUACCCCUUUGUGAACUGGGUCAGCGUGCAUGGUUGGGGUCGUUGGGAUAUGAGCUGGAGCUGGGCUUACUAUUCUGUUCUACAGGAUGCGGUGCAUUAGCCAUCGGUGUGAGGAGAGGACAGUUGAUUGGUGUAAUCAAGUACCUGUUCUACGCAAAGUCUGGUAUCAAAUGCAAAAAUGAUGAGCCCUGAGUUCCAAAACUUCUCUGCUCACGACCUGAUGAAGCGUAGAAAGGCAUUGGCAAUAGCGACACCGUCAUGCUCGUUGGCGACGCGGCUAAUGCCGCUCUUGUACAGGUCGUCCGAGUGG